AUGUAUGGAAAUUUGCUGGUGGUCCAAUACUUGUGGGUGGGGGGUAUUGGGGAGUUGGUUGGUUUGUUUGUCUGUCUGACAGGAACUAGGCCUUUAACUACUACAAAAACACCAUUAAUACCAGUAUUAUUAUGUGUCUACCCAGCAUGUGGAGCAGUGGGAACAGGGAUGAUGCUGAGCUCCUGGGCCACCUCCACCAUAGAGGAAGUGAUGUCUGCAUCGAUAACCAUGCUGGGCCAUAAGGGUGUCCUGUGGCUGCAGCUUUACAUCUAUAAAGACAGAGAGCUGACACUAUCAUUGGUCCACCGGGCAGAGGAGGCGGGCUAUAAGGCUAUCUUUGUUACUGUGGAUACUCCAUACUUGGGGAAGAGAUGGGACGACAUGCGCAACCGCUUUAAACUACCUCCACAUCUGAGCAUGUCUAACUUCUCAGGAGACUCCCUGGCUUUCUCUGAGGGAAACUAUGGCAAUGACAGUGGUUUGGCUGUUUAUGUUGCAAAAGCAAUAGACCCAACUCUCUGUUGGGAUGACAUCACCUGGCUGAAAAAACACACACAUCUACCUGUGAUUGUGAAAGGAGUCCUGAGUGGUGAGGAUGCUGUCCAGGCUGUGAACUAUGGUGUUGAUGGGAUCCUGGUGUCCAAUCACGGAGCUCGACAACUGGAUGGAGUUCCUGCCACGCUGGAUAUGUUGGAAGAGGUGGUGAAGGCAGUGCAGGGUCGCUGUGAGGUCUACAUGGACGGAGGAGUGAGGCGAGGGACAGAUGUCCUAAAGGCCUUAGCUCUUGGAGCAAAAGCUGUCUUCAUCGGCCGACCGGUGCUGUGGGGACUUGCCUGUCAGGGGGAACAAGGAGUAACUGAGAUUCUGGAACUUAUAAAAGAGGAGCUGAGACUGGCUAUGGCCCUGUCAGGUUGUCGUUCUGUAUCCGAGGUGAGGAGGUCCCUGGUCAGGAGAGUAGAGUUCACCUCCAGGAUGUGAGAGAAGGAAUUGUUGCAGGAAUCACAGGACAAUACAUUCUGUCAAAUGAUUUAGCCUUCUUUGGAUUUAGACAGUUGGUUCUACUGAUCAUCCAAUCUAAUGUAAGACUGAAGUAUAAUACCGUCCAUUGUCUUGAAAUAAGUAAAUAAAGUGGUUGAUUAAAGGGGCACUCCACUGAUUUUACAAAUGAAGACCAGUUUACUGGUCAUGAUUAGUACUACUCAGCAUUAUUUAAUGUCUUCUGUGCCUCUGCAGAAGCUUUUUCAAGACAAAAUGACUCAAGGGUCAUUACUGUAAUUGCAAAUUUGGGACGUCAAGUUUGAAAGAUGUUGGUGUAGCAAACCUACUUACUGUUAAUGAAAUUAUGAAUAAUAAUAUUCGGAAAUAUUAUAUCUGUUCGCCUAAGGCCUUCAGGACGCCUUAGGUAUGGUUUUAAUAAUUACACAAUUAUUUACUAGUGAUCAGUUAUCAUUUUGGUCAGUUUAAUCAAUCAGUCAGUCUCAUAUCAAAGUUGUGAAUCCUCCGUCCAGUGACUUGGAUUUAAACAGUACACACACACAGUUCCUGUGAUUAAGGUGAAAUGUAUUAACUAACUAAAGUGAAUACAAGUGAUUAAACAACCAGAAGGCAAUCAAUGAGAGUAACAAAGUGGUGAAUUUAGUUGGUCUAUUGUGGAAAGAAUUUGGGAGUAAGAGAACUAAGGAACGCAAAUUAUAUGCUCAUAACUAAGUUCGAUUUGGCUAAUCCUUUAGACUAAAGGUCUAAAGGAUUAAAGCUAAACUGGCUGCUGGUUGUUACAUUCACAGUGGCUUGUUACGCUAUACGGCAGUCACUCGGCUCUGUCAGGGAUUAUUCCGGGGGUCCACCCGCUUCGGCUUGUGAUGAAGAAACUCUUGCAGUGAUACAGUUAACCCUGGCUCGGUUUGUUGUUUGAUGUCUUCUGUGUGAUACAGCUGGUGUAACUAACCCAUGUGGCUGGCCUCCGACUUGUUGUCGUUGGGAGGAGUGAGGUUAACGUUAACUCGAUGGAAAUAAAGCUGAAAAGAAACUUA